AUGCCACGGAAGGGCCAGCACGAUGACGAGGAUGGAGAUGAGGGUGGAGACGAUAUCUUCACCAGUAUCCUCUUCGGAAACAUUAAUGAGGAUGGACAGGCGGACGUGGACUACUUGGACGAGGAUGCUCGCCAAAGCCUCACCAUCCUGCGCAGCAAGCUUGAUAAGGAGGAAGGUGGCCUCACGAAAGGGCUGACAAAGGAAGUGGAGGAGGAUGGCGGCAACGAGGCGGCGGCGGCGGCGACUGUCGUACCUAUCGCCGGCGCGGUCGACUACGAAUGUGAAACGGAUGAGGCAGAAGACUACGACACAUCGGCGGCGGCGGCGAAGGGCGCCGGGGGAAUGGCUCCAGGGUGGGUGCUCAACCGGGUCGCGAUGGAUGCGGAUGCCUGCUCUCCAGCAGCUCCACAGCAUGCCGGCGUUCCGGGCCCGGGCUCGGGGUCCGUAUCCGGGUUCAUGGCGGGGGUGCCCGGGCCCUUAGCACCGGGGCUGCCGUCGGCUCCGUCCUUGCGGCCUGGCGUGGUGGCGAUGACCGCACCGCCGCCGCCGCCAUCGGCAGCAGCAGCACCAGCAGCAGCAGGUCCUGGGGCUGCCGGGGCAGUCGGAGCUACGUCCUUGGUAAUGGCGGCGGGGUCGUCCGUAGGGCCGUUGCCGACCGGGCCAUUGCCAGGGGCGGGGUUCAUGGCGCCGGGGCCUGUGACCGGCUUGGCUGCGGCUAGGCAAGGGCUGGGAGUAACGGCUGCGCCGGGCGGUGCGGUGGCGGAGGCGCAGGAGCCUUCCGUGGCGGCGGCGGCGGUGGACGCUAAGGGCGAUCUGGAGUCGAAGCAGGACGCUCUGGGGUUACAGAUCCUUGCCGUGUUGCCGGGGGGCGAGCGAGUGAUUCGCCACACGGCGCUGGACAUCUCCAGUCUGGAGCGGUACAACAAGGACAUGCGGGUAGGGCUGCAGGCUGAGUUGGAGCUGGCGGAGCAGGCGGCAGCGGCGGCGGCAGCGGCGGCAGCCGGCGGCGACGUUGGGGUCGUCGUCGGCGAGGGGGAGUUGGGGGAAGAGGGUGGCGAAGAGGGCGGUCUUGAGGGCGAUGAGGCAGCGGCGGCGGCGGCGGCGACAGCGGAGGAGGGCGGCGGCGGCGGCGGCGGCGGUCGAGAAGGGGGGAAGGGCCGCGAGGAUGUGACGCGGCGGAGAAGCCGUACAACUGUCGUACUGGACACCGUUCACAUGUCGCUGACCGUGUUUUGGUUUCGGGGGGCCCUGAUCCUUUCGUACAUGGCCGCCCUCUCGCCACGCACGCGCAGGGCCCUUGAACACCCCGAAGAGCCAACACCCAUGCUGCUGCUACCACCACCACCGCCGCCGCCGCCGUUGCUACAACAGCCGCUACAGCCAGCAUCAUCCGAACAGGCGCCUGCAGUGCAGCCCACCGCCGCCGCCGCAGGCGCAGCCGCGCAACCUCCGGCGUCGGCAGCACAGCUCCCAGCCCCCGUGGCACCUUCAGCCCCUGUGCCCGUCGGCGGCCGGGAUUCGUACGACGAUCCGUACGCUAUCGUACCGCUCCAGUUGGCAGAGGCGUUGUCGGAGGCGCUGGCGUCGGCGCUCCGGCUUCAGCGCGCAAGAGACAGCACGCUUUGGGAUCCGGAUCCAGGGGACCUUUUUUCGGAUGACUACAUGGCGGAUGAAAUCGCUGCGAUUUCGGAGCGGCGGCCGGCGAUGGUGGGUCUGCUGCCGGAGGCUCUGACGUACAGCGUCUUCGUGGAGGAUUGGGAGGACGACAUCUUGUGGGACGGCGCCGCCGCCGACGGCGACGACAAGGCAGCAGCGGCUGCGGCGGAGAAGGGUGUGAGGUCGCUGCAGGCGGCGGCAACGGCGCGGCGUGUCGUAGAGGAAGAAGAGGAGGAGGAGAAGGAGGAGGGGAGGGAAGGGGAAGGGAAAGGGAAACAGCAGGAAGCGGCGGCGGCGGCGGCGGCGGGGAAUGGUACGGAAGAGGUGGCGGAUGCGGUGCAGGGCUCCGAUGCCAUGCAGGUGGAUGGUCCAGGGGGCGCCGCGGACGAGGCCGUGCCGCCGAUUGCUGCACGGCGUUCCGUGCCGCCACGUGCGGUGUCAGCUGCGCGCUUAAAAACAAUGAGUACUGCAUGGCGCCGUCGGCCAGCGUCGACGCCGCCGCCGCGGGCAAUUCCUGUCAACCAACUAACGGCCAGUGCCUUAUGGCGCGGGCGGCCCGUCGUUGCCUCCGCAGCGGAGCUACUUGGAGGGCUCCGCGCGCGGCCUCUGUCCGAACCGCCGCCGCAACGGCUGGGGGAUACGACGGCGGCGACGGCAGCGGAGUCUGAAGACGCCACGGCGAUGCUGGGCGCGGCCGCAGCAGCCGUUGCUUCCGCCGCAGCGGCGAUGGGAGUGGCGGAGCCGCCGCUGACGGCGAUGGCGGCGGCGGCGACAGCCGCCACAGCAACGGCGAGGGCGGCUUCACGUGGCGGCGGUGAGCCGGCGGUACCCCUGGCGCUGCUGGCGGCAGCGGAGCCGGAGCCGCUGCCGCGGGCCGCCGACCCGGAGGCGCCGCCGCCAGACCAGCGGCUCUUCGUCGAUGGGCAGCAUCCGCAGAUGCUCCGUCUAGUGGACAAGCAGGCCGCUGCCGCCGCCACCGGCGGCGGUUUCGCGCGCAGUACGGCGCGGUACUACCACCCCGCGCUGGCGCUCUCCCAGGACGACCCAUGGGUCGCCAACGCUAUCGACGCCGCGCCUGGCGCACCUCCCAUGCCGCUCGUCCACAACCUCAACGACCCAGCUCUUGUCUAUCGUGCGCAAGGAACGGCGGCGGCAGCGGUUUCGGAGCAGCUCUGCCGCGCCGCGGCGGUAGUGGCGCCGCCUGUGGUGCGCCGCAAGGUGACCCGUGGGCCGGUGAUGGAGGCGGCUCACAGUGAAGUGAUUGGUAUGCAGCUGGCGGCGUUCAACGUAUCCCUGGACAGCCACUACACACACCAGGCCAAGGCCCGCGUGGACCGUACCCAGAAGUCCCUGUCCCGCCACGGCACCCCCGCCAUCACCCUGGCCACCCUGCCCGCCCGCCUGACGAGGGAGGACCUGGUGCUGUUCCACAGACCGAGAUCCGUGUGGUCGGUGGCGAUGACGGCGCAGAAGGCCGCGCCCGCGCUGCUGGCGGCCGCUGCCAAACAAACCAAGGAACAGGUCUACAUGUUCAAGAGCGUUACGGGCAUCACCAUGAACCGCAUCAUGGACGCCUCGCACUCCUUCCAGCGCUUGGCUGACGUGUUGGCCGUACGGGACGCCCAGGGACGUAACGCCCUGGACAUUGGGUUUCCGCAACACAAGGAGUCGCCGUACAGCAUCAUGGGCGGUUGGCCGUUGCAAAACCACUUGUACGUGUUGAUGCCGGCACUGCGCCUCAUUACCCGGCCGCACAUGCCGGAUCCCGGGCAGGGCACGAAGCCACCAGCGGCCUUUGGCACCCGAGCCAGCCUCACAGGCCCCGAAAACACCCCCUUCUACACGGUUUUACCUCCGGGCCACACCGCCAUGUGUGUCGACACGCACAUGUUCAAGGCGCCGGCGGCCCCGCACGACCCGCGGACGUCCGACUUCCUCCUCGUACGGACGAGCAACGGUGUACUGCACCUGCGUGAGCUGACUGGCACUCUGACGGUUGGGCAGCAGCACCCGCAUGAGCGGGUUCCGGAGCCGUGGGACACCGAGUGGAUCAAAAACUACAACUCCAAUCGAAUUUUUGUGGUGGUUGCGCGAGCGUUGCAGAGGGCGCGGACUAGACAUCCCAACGCCAAGCCCUCCAUCGCCCUGAAGGACGUGGCUGACCAGCUGCCCCACAUUCCGCGGGACGAGAUCCGCGCGCGCUUAGAAAAGGAGUGCGGAUGUCGUCUGAAGGAGAAGGAGGGCGCGGCGGCGACAGCGGCAAUGAACGGGAUCAACGGCGGCGUGGUGGCGGUGUCGGACAAUCCUGAGUACGAGCUGCCGGAGGGGGUGCCGGUCACGGAGGAGGCUAAGCUCCGAGAGAUGCUCCGUCCGGACGUGGUGUGUGCGUACGAGGCCAUGCGGUCUUCGGAGCUGCGGCUGAAGGGUCUCGGACUGCAGCACCUGCAGGCGCUGACGGCGGUGGCGAGGAUGGAGCCGGAAAGGUGGCAGGCGGCCAUCAGACAGCUGGCGGAGCUGAAUCCCAAGGCGGGUCCAGCUCUUCGUCUGAUCGACUGGGCCGUCAACACCGCCCCAUGGGUCACUACUGGCUCCUACGCGUCCGCCACCCGGGGGGACACCCGGGGGAGCACGUGGCUACGAGUGGAGGGCCCCUUCGACCCGACUGGUCGUGGUUACGGACUUUGCUUUCAGGCGGACUGGCAGCGGGUGACCCGGCCUGACCUCAAGGAUAAGCCGCCGCAGGAGGGCAGCAUCACGGGUACGGAAGCGGAUCUCCGCAAGCUGGGGCACGAGGAGGCGGGGCGCAUGUUGAUGCAGUGGGGGGUGAAGAAGGACGUCGUUGAUGCCAUGACUAACAGGUGGCGGCGCAUCGACCUGGUUCGCAAGCUGGCUACCCAGGCGGCCAUGGAGGGCACUGAGGGCUUCAACGCCCACUUCGUCCGCGUGCAGCGUCUCAACGUCAAUGAGAAGAUCGCCAGCGCCCGGCGGCUAGCGUGCGGCAUCCUGCAGCGGCAGCUGGACGCGCUGAAGCGGGACAAGGACUGGGGGCCUGCAUCGGAAGAUUACGGUUUGUUGCGGCCGCUGGGCCGCCGCUCCACCGCCGCCGCCGCCACCGCCGCGGCCGACGACGAUGAGGAGCGCCGGGCGUACUUGGAGCUCCAGCGGGAGGGCUUUCUGGGGGCGGGAGCGGGGGGUCCUGGGGACAAGGCCGCCGCAACAGGCAAGGGUAAUAAAAAGCCCAUGGAGGCGCGGCCCAAGGAGCGUCGUAUCCGCCGAGUGGUGGUCCUGUUAGCGCCCGACGGCUCCACCGAGCUGGGCCGCAGGGAGUACCUGUACCGGGACAGGGCGGAGAUGCAGAUCAUUAACAGGGGUCUGAACCGCGCAGAGCAAGGCGGCUUCGGGCAGCAGGUGCUGCAGCCCCCCGCAGCCAACUUCAUGCCGGGACCCACCAUCCGCCCGGUGGGGGGGCGUGGAAGGGGGCGAGGCCGGGGCGGCGGUGGUGGUGGAGGGGGAGGAGGCGGUGGCGGUGAAGGAGGCCGAGGGGGGUACAAGCGCCGGCGGGCGGCGCGUGCGCCGGCGGUCACUGGCGGCGGCGGCGGCGGCGGCGGCGGCGGCGGCGCGGAGAGCGCGGAGGAGGACGACCUGACUGACACGGCAGAUGAGGAGGACGACGAAACCCGGGUGAUGAAGAAGUUGGCGGCGGGUAGCAGCCGUCGUGCGGGCGCUCGGCGGCCGGAGCCGUCGACGGCAGCGGUGACGACGGCAUCGGAGGGCGGCGCUGACGGCGCCGCUGCGUCGCCGUCACAGGGCGGCGGCGGCGGCGCCGCCGCCGCGGCAUCCGCGGGUACGGACUCCGUCAAGCCGCCCAAGCCGCAGCGCUUGCGGGCUGUGAAUCCCAACCCCAAGCCCCGCAAGCCGGCUGCACCGCGCCAACCGCAGCAAGCUAAUGUAUGCCCGGAUUGCGGGAAACCGGGCCACGGAGCGUACAGCAGGUUGUGCCCUAACUACCGUGCUGACGUGGACUUGAGCGACCUAUCGGAGAUAACUACCGACGGCGAGGAGGACGACGGCGCGGCGGCCGUCACUGCUGACGGCGGGGGGGACGCUGGCGCCGCUGCCACGCAGCCCGUAGCCGCCGUCGCCGCCGCCGCUGCUGCCGAGGCUGCGGCAAACGGCGGCCAGGUACCCGAUAUCGGCGGCGUCGGUGGUACCGCACUUGCAACAGCGCCGCCGGCCCUUAUCGCACCCGCUUCUGGAGCAGGGCCAGCGGCGGCGGCUGCCGCCGCCGCAGCGGCGGCAGCGGCGGCGGCAGCGGCGGCGGCGGCGGCAGCUCGAGCUGCCGCCGCUGCAUCCACUCCAGUGACCGGGGGCCGUAGCCGGCGGCGACCUGCUCGUCGUAAUGAUGACGUUGAUGUCGUAAUUGACGAAGACGAGCUCGCUAGCGAUGACGAGGAUUACAACGCGUUGGCGGAGGCGGCCGAAGAGAGCGACGACGAAUUUCUUUUCCGGUCGCGCGCUGGCGGUGGCGGCGGUGGUGGCGGCGGCGGCGGCGGUGGUGGCGGCAGCGCCCGCCGCGGCCGUCGUGCGCCAUCCGCGCGGACCGGCGGUGGCGGCGGCGGCGGCGGCGGAGCCGGCACCGCUUCCGCCGGCAGGAUCCGCGCGCGUCAGUCAUUGGGUCGCACACGGACGCGCACUCGCUUCAAGGAGGAGUACGACAUGUUGGAAGACGAAGAGGACGAGGAAGAGCCCGAUCUCGAGAAGUCCGACGUGGAGGACCUGAAAUCCGAUCUGGAGGAGGAGGAAGAGGAGGACUGGGUGGCGUCGGAAGAGGAUGAUGACGACGGCGGCGGCGGCGGCGGCGGCGGGGGAGGGGGGAGUUACCGUGGACCCAAAGCCACGACCAGCCGGGCACGAAGCAAAGCUGCCGCCGUCGCGGCGGCGGCGGCCAUCGGCGGCACUGCCUCAACGGGCACCGCUGGGACGCGACGCACGGCGGCGUCCGGGCGCCGCGGCGGCGGCGGCGGCAUGUUUAGCGAAGAUGCCGGCGGCGAUGUGGAGAUGCGUGACGGAGGGACGCCGCCGUCGGGGGCUGCAACCUUCGGUACGGCGGCCGCCAGCAGCGGCUUGCGACCCCGCGCCGCGAAACGCAAGCUCGUUGACUUUGGGCUGGACAGCGAUGAGGAGGCGGAGGAUGACAGUCGCAUUGGCGGCGGUGGCAGUACGGCCGCUGCGACGGCGCUGCAGCAGGACGUCGGCGCCGGAACGGCGGCCGCGGCAUCGGCGGCGGGAAUGGAUGCGGCUGCCGGCGGCAUCGGCGGGAAGCAGUUGUCUUUGGGCCAGGUUGAGGCGAACAUGCGAAAAAUCUACACGGCGGCGCUGACGGCGGCUCGGAAGGUGGAGUGGGCGCUCAACAUCUUUGAGAAAUAUCCGGAUAUCGGCAUCGUUAAGGAUUACCACAACUUCGUGCCGCCGCAGAACGUCAUGUACAUGCAGCGAAUAGAGGAAAAAAUCGGCGGUAAGCGGCCUGGGUUUCCCGGCAAGGGCGGAGAGCUUCAGUACCCUAGCCCGGAGGCCUUCCGCGCGGACUUUAAGCGCAUCUACGACAACUGCAUGUUGUACAACGAACCCGGCGUAUCUCCGUACAACUUCCCCGAUGCGCGCAAGACCGCAACCAAGCUCCUGGCUGCCGUUGACUUGGCGCUGCAACAGCGUAGCGGCUCAUUGGCGGCAUCGCUUGUUGCGGCCAAUUCCAUGGAGCACUGGCUGGCCUGCGUUCGUUGCCGCCGGUGGCGCCGGUUCAACUACCCGGACUUCGUGUCGAUGCGGAUGCACAAGGACUUCAGCUGCGGCAUGAUUGCGGGUCGCAACUGCUCCGAGGUGUGCGACUACUGCCAGUCGCUGCAGUGCAUGUGCGGGGAUGCCUAG